UUUACUAUAUAAAGCGCUUUGAGUAACCGUAGAAACGCGCUAUAUAAAUCCACUGAAUUAUUAUUAUGUUUGUUACAAUUAUCACAGGACAAAAAAAAUGCUACUGAAUGUUGUGUACAUUUGUUGAAUAGCAUCCAAGCUUGCCUCCCAUUGGAUAGAAUUAGAACAAUUGGUCAUGGAUUUUAGUGAUGUCAGUAGGUACUGCUUUUUUACCGUGGCAAUUAAUGAGAUUGGGCAAUGCAUUUUGUCAUUGGACUGGGCAUCAGCGUGUUGAAACAGCUAGCAAACUGAGGCUACUCGGGCACACCGACGACUAAGGAACGUGAAUACUUCUUUACAUUGGAAAGGGGAUCAGAUGAAUGAGUCACUCCAUGGGGCUCUAGAGAGGAACGUUGUCCACCUCCGCCGGCCCCCGUCUCCCUCACCCUGUUCAGCCUCCCCUCUACAGACAUCAUCAAAUGAGCUCUAUCUGAAUGCCACUUUCUAUGGGUUUGGAUUCAGUGCAGCAACCAGCAGUGAAGAGAGCCAAUCUCUUACAAAGCCGCAUUUUGCCACGGAACCUUAUGAAUUGCUGUCAAAAGUGCCUCGAAAGAACUAAAGAAAACCAGGAUUUGUCCCUUCAUAUAUAGUGCUGCUGUUUUGAUAGUAGUCCUCUGAUUGACCAUAAAGGGAAGGACAGUUGCAUCAGAGCGGACAGGACCGUAAACUACAUUAAGGCUUCAGGGGACAGUCAUAACUUCUCUCUCCAUACGAGCCGACGACCAUGGUCCCCCAGAAGGCUGACUUGACUGUUUUGCCAUGUCAGGAUGUGGUGGCGAUGCCAGUGAAGAAGCAGAGCAGUGAGAGGGAUGAGGAGAGUCCUGAUGGGUCUCUGGGUGAGGGUGCUGGUGGGGAACGUAUUCCCCUGCGCAAGUGGGUCAUGCAUGGUGCUGUCAUGUUCGGACGAGAGUUCUGCUACGCCAUGGAGACAGCCCUGGUUACACCAGUCUUACUGCAAAUAGGACUUCCAAAGCAGUACUACAGCCUGACAUGGUUUCUAAGUCCCAUCCUGGGCCUCAUCCUCACCCCUCUCAUUGGCUCAGCCAGCGACCGCUGCACCCUGAAAUGGGGCCGCAGGAGACCCUUCAUCCUGGCACUCUGUGUGGGGGUGUUACUGGGCGUUUCUCUAUUUCUCAAUGGGUCCCUCCUAGGAUUAGCCCUUGGGGACGUUCCCAGCAGGCAGCCCAUUGGGAUAGUGCUGACCGUGCUGGGUGUGGUUCUACUGGACUUCAGUGCAGACGCCUCAGAUGGGCCUAUCAGAGCCUACCUGUUGGAUGUAGCCGACACAGAGGAGCAGGACAUGGCCCUCAACAUACAUGCCUUCUCUGCAGGGCUGGGAGGAGCGGUUGGCUACGUGCUGGGUGGCUUGGACUGGACCAGCACCAUCCUGGGCACGGCCUUCAAGUCCCAGGAGCAGAUCCUGUUUGUGUUUGCUGCCGUCAUCUUCACCAUAUCUGUGAUUCUACACAUGUUCAGUAUCAAGGAGGAGAGUUUUGAGGCUCGUGGUGACACUCCGGGAGAGGGAGACUCCGAUAGCCUGUCCUCCUCAGGGAAACUGAAGGGGGGCUUGGCGGGGCCUCGUAGUAUACCUCAGCUGGAUGUUAUAGGAGAGGAGGACACCCAGUCAGAGAGAGAGCUCUUCAUCAAUGUGGACAGGGUGAGGAGUAAGAGCGACUCGGUGCUGGCCAUGCCUGACGCCACCAUCGAGCUGGACUCAGACCUGGACCAGGACGGUCAUUUCCUGGCAGACAUUGAGCCCUCCAUCUUUCAGGACUACCCCCAAGAUUUCUACCCUGGCACCCCUCAGAGACACUACAGUGGAUGGGGCAUCCAGGACCAGGAAGUCCCCCAGCCCGAGGCUCAGGCAGACCGCCAGCUGCCCCUCUUCCACCAGGACCCCUCCCCCUACUACAGCAGGGAGCACAUGUUGCUCAACAACCAGACCAACCAGGGAGCCAAGUGCCUCAACGGGGCCUCAGUGGUCCCGGCCGUCCCCUCCAACCACACGGCCCACGGGGCCAACAGCCAGGGCCGUAUGCCAGGCCUGAGGCCGUCCAACACCAGCGCCACUGCCGGGGCACGCCGCUUCCCCCACACCUUCUACCGCCAGCCGUCAUUUACAUUCUCUUACUAUGGCCGUGUGGGUUCAGCACGAUACCGCCACCGCAGAAACACCAUGGGCAAUCCGGCCGGCGCCAACCUCCGCAUCAAGACCUCGCAGAGCAUGAACGACAUCUACGAGCACAUGCAGCGGCGGCAGCAGAGGAGGGAGCUCCAGCAGAGCAGCACCACACUGUCCAGCAGUGACUCUGAGAGUGACGACGGGGACGAGGAGGGCAGCACGGUCAAGCUGCUGUGGCUGUCCAUGCUGAAGAUGCCCCCCCAGCUGCUGAGGCUCUGCGUCUGUCAUCUCCUCACCUGGUUCUCCAUCAUCGCUGAGGCAGUCUUCUACACAGACUUCAUGGGACAGGUCAUCUAUGAUGGAGAACCCACAGCUCCUGCUAACUCCACUGAACUGCAGCACUACCAUAAAGGAGUCCAGAUGGGCUGCUGGGGACUGGUUGUCUAUGCUGCUACCGCUGCAGUCUGCUCAGCUGUGCUCCAGAAGUACCUGGACAACUACGACCUGAGCAUUAAGGUCAUCUACAUCCUGGGUACUCUGAGCUUCUCUCUGGGAACCGCCGUCAUGGCCAUCUACCCUAACGUCUACGUUGCCAUGGUGAUGAUCAGCACCAUGGGCAUCAUCUCCAUGAGUAUCUCCUACUGCCCCUACGCUCUGCUGGGCCAGUACCACGAGAACAAGCAGUACAUCCACCACAGUCCGGGGAAGUCGCGACGAGGCUUCGGCAUUGACUGUGCCAUACUGUCGUGCCAGGUGUAUAUUGCCCAGAUCCUGGUGGCGUCUGCGCUGAGCACGGUGGUGGACGUGGUGGGCAGCGUGCGGGUCAUCCCAAUGAUGGCCUCUGGAGGCUCCUUCCUGGGCUUCCUCACCGCCACCUUCCUGGUCAUCUACCCAGACUCCUCCACUCCCACCACUACGCAGGACCAGGAGGGGUAUGGAGAGGAUGGGGCUCCGGCCCUGGUGGCCCCAGAAGCAGGCCCUAGUGGUAGCAGUAUGCAGGAGCCAGUAGUCCUUCUCAAAACGUCACCUAAGGGCAGCAGCAGCACGACAAACUAUGAGUCCACUAUUUAACAAAGAAGAAGAGGGGCAAGGACAAAAUACUGCAUCUCAAUAGUCAUAAAGUGGCUUCCUCUCUUUGUCUCCUUUAAUCUGCACAGAUAUCUAGUGGAGAAAGACAGUGACCAAACCUUAACACUCACUAGUCACAUGAGUUCCAGUGGGAUGGACUGUUCCAAUAUACACGUUGUGCAUUUCUUGACAUAUGGCUGUUUUUCUUUUCCUCGUGGGGUUCUAAUGUUUGUGGUCUCACUGACAUGCGUCCCAAAUAGCACCCUACUCCCUUUUAUAGUGCACGUUUUACCUGGGUCCAUAAGGCUCUGGUCAAAUGAAGUGCACUAAAUAGGGAAUAGGGUGCCAUUUGGGACUCAUUCACAGUUUGAAAGGCCUGCAGGAAGCAAUAUCAGACUCCGUAUCCACCUCAUACACAGGAUCUAAUGCUGGACUCUCUUCUUUACUCAUGGGAUCUAAUGCUGGACUCUCUUCUUUACUCAUGGGAUCUAAUGCUGGACUCUCUUUUUUUACUCAUGGGAUCUAAUGCUGGACUCUCUUUUUUUACUCAUGGGAUCUAAUGCUGGGCUCUCUUAUUUACUCAUGGGAUCUAAUGCUGGACUCUCUUCUUUACUCAUGGGAUCUAAUACGGGACUCUUUUUUUUACUCAUGGGAUCUAAUGCUGGGCUCUCUUUUUUUACUCAUGGUAUCUAAUGCUGGGCUCUCUUUUUUUACUCAUGGGAUCUAAUGCUGGGCUCUCUUUUUUUACUCAUGGGAUCUAAUGCUGGGCUCUCUUAUUUACUCAUGGGAUCUAAUGCUGGACUCUCUUCUUUACUCAUGGGAUCUAAUGCGGGACUCUCUUUCUUAAACGUGAUUUGGACUUUUUCUGUAGAUGGUUGUUUAGACUGCACGUGAAUAUUUUCAAUCCAUUUCUAAAUUGAGAACAUGUUUUAUUGAUAUUAUUUUGUGAUUGUACAAAAUGGUUUGAGUGACCGAUCAACUUUUUUAGAGCAAACUUAGUUUCCCCACAGACGGAAUGCUAUAGGAGUCCCUAUGUUACUGUGACCUCACUAAAGAUGCUGCAGCCACAGAAGAUCCAGUUCAGAACAGUAUAGGAGUCUCUCUUACUAUGACCUCAUUAAAGAUGCUGCAGCCACAGAGGAUCCAGUUCAGAACAGUAUAGGAGUCUCUCUUACUAUGACCUCACUAAAGAUGCUGCAGCCACAGAGGAUCCAGUUCAGAACAGUAUAGGAGUCUCUGUUACUAUGACCUCAUUAAAGAUGCUGCAGCCACAGAGGAUCCAGUUCAGAACAGUAUAGGAGUCCCUAUGUUACUGUGACCUCACUAAAGAUGCUGCAGCCACAGAGGAUCCAAUUCAGAACAGUAUAGGAGUCUCUGUUACUAUGACCUCACUAAAGAUGCUGCAGCCACAGAGGAUCCAGUUCAGGAGUCUCUCUUACUAUGACCUCACUAAAGAUGCUGCAGCCACAGAGGUUCCAGUUCAAAACAAUAUAGGAGUCUCUCUUACUAUGACCUCACUAAAGAUGCUGCAGCCACAGAGGAUCCAGUUCAAAACAAUAUAGGAGUCUCUGUUACUGUGACCUCACUAAAGAUGCUGCAGCCACAGAGGUUCCAGUUCAAAACAGUAUAGGAGUCUCUCUUACUAUGACCGCACUAAAGAUGCUGCAGCCACAGAGGAUCCAGUUCAAAACAAUAUAGGAGUCUCUCUUACUAUGACCUCACUAAAGAUGCUGCAGCCACAGAGGUUCCAGUUCAAAACAGUAUAGGAGUCUCUCUUACUAUGACCUCACUAAAGAUGCUGCAGCCACAGAGGAUCCAGUUCAAAACAAUAUAGGAGUCUCUGUUACUGUGACCUCACUAAAGAUGCUGCAGCCACAGAGGAUCCAGUUCAGAACAAUAUAGGAGUCGGUCUCUUACUGUGACCUCACUAAAGAUGCUGCAGCCACAGAGGUUCCAGUUCAAAACAGUAUAGGAGUCUCUCUUACUAUGACCGCACUAAAGAUGCUGCAGCCACAGAGGAUCCAGUUCAAAACAAUAUAGGAGUCUCUCUUACUAUGACCUCAUUAAAGAUGCUGCAGCCACAGAGGAUCCAGUUCAGAGCAGUAUAGGAGUCUCUGUUACUAUGACCUCAUUAAAGAUGCUGCAGCCACAGAGGAUCCAGUUCAGAACAGUAUAGGAGUCUCUCUUACUGUGACCUCACUAAAGAUGCUGCAGCCACAGAGGAUCCAAUUCAGAACAGUAUAGGAGUCUCUGUUACUAUGACCUCAUUAAAGAUGCUGCAGCCACAGAGGAUCCAGUUCAAAACAAUAUAGGAGUCUCUCUUACUGUGACCUCACUAAAGAUGCUGCAGCCACAGAGGAUCCAGUUCAGAACAAUAUAGGAGUCGGUCUCUUACUGUGACCUCAGUAUGCCACAGAGGAUCCAGUUCAGGGUCAGUCAGUUACAUUCCCUGUUAUAAACACCCUUCACUAACUCUCUUUCUUCUGUCUAUUGACAUGUAUAUCAUGAAAACACUCAGGGCUAUUAUACAGCACAGACAAUAUGAUGUCCAGGUUACACCAAAAGUCCAAAGAACCAUUCAGGACAUUCCUUUUUGUAGGUCUUAUUUGCCAUUUACUAGGUUGAGUGGCCUAUAGCCUACUGUUUACAUGACAGAGUUGGAGAAACGUUAUCAGCCUUAAGAUAAUCAAAUCCUGAAGUGAUGAUGCUUACAUUCUAACACAUAUCAAUAUUUUGAAAAGGGAAAAUGUUGUAAACCUCGAUUAUAGUAUGCUGCAUGGAAGAAUACUACAUUUCAUACUACAACUAGUCAUUAAAAAUGGUCUAUGAUCAUAAGAUGCCUUUGGGCCCAUCCAGCAUUGAAGAAACCCUACACUGUACUGUGCUACAGUGAGUAGCCCUCUGUUCUGAACCAUCUGUUCCACAGGGUAACGUAUAAGAAAGGAUAUUGCUCUGUAUGUUUUUACAUUUAACAACUGCAAAGCUGCACAAUAAACUUUAAGAACUUUAAGAGAG